GUUGCAACAGAGACGUUGGUCGUCGGCCCGGUCCGAGCACGAGCAGCCUGCAGCAGAUGCAGCUCGCGGGUUCAGCAAACGCUCUGCGAUGUCUGCUCCCUCUCUGCCUUCAGGGGAACGAUACAAUCUCUGAGCUGCCGAGCCUCACGCAAAUCAAUCGGCCCUGCCUUCCGGGAGCGCUGCCGUAUGCAUACCGGGGCCAACAGCGAACGAGCGCAGCGCGUCUCUCUUCUUGCAAUGAGCUCCACGGAGGAGAGGAGUACGUAGAAGAAAUUUUGAAUGAUAUUUGAGCCAAUUUACGUGGAAAACGGAAGGAAGCACCCGUCGAUCAGGCGUCCGUCCGUCCUGCCUGAUUGAUUGAUAGAUUUGGAAGAUAUUGGGAGCUCGUUGUUAAACUGAAUAGUUAUUGCUGGAACAUCUGUACGUAACUUAGGAGUGAUAGCAGUGCAGCCCGCUGCGCACGAUGAUUUUAAUGUCACGAGGCGCCUGGAGCUGCUCUUACGUGCAGUAGCACAAGGUCACGAAUUUAUUCUUCCUCGAAACAGAGGUGUAGAGAACAAGGGUAUCAAGAAUGUAUCCCGUGAAGCAACCACUACAGCAGCUUGUUUAUCAGGGAAGUCCCGGCAAGAUCCAUCUGAUCACCAGCAACAGCGACUCGGGCGCUUCACAAUGUUCACGGCAGCCCACGUCUGAAAACUGUGAUCCCAACCUCGAAAAAUUCAAUGGAUCUGGGCGAUCUGCUGCAGCAUUCCGCAAAAUCGAUAAUUCUGCUGCUGUGGAUAUUGCUGCCUCUUGUCCGGAAAAUCACCCCCAAGAUUCGACAGAAGAUCAUUGUAACUCAAGUGAAACAAGGGAAGAGACAGGUGCUGGUGUAGAUGCCUGUGAUCAGAAUAAAGGCAAGGAUGCUCACAAAUGUGGUGGUGUAGCACAUCAACAGUUCAAGUCGCCCACGAAAGCAGCUGCCGCAGCCGCAGCUUCUCCAGGGGCUGGUGGUCAUGCUCACGGUCACCGCCAACACUUCUGCAGGUCGCCUCGCUGUGCAUCCAAUAAUCCAGACUACGCCACUCCAGCGCAGGUUCAGCCCCGGAAGUAUUUAAUAUCGAAGCGGCACUUGCUUCCUGGUGCCAUCUGUACAAGGGACCCCUCGACUCUGACUAGUCAGAUUCCGCCUCCACCAUCUACUGGCAAGCCUCCAGCAAGACCACCUUCUGCGAGUAAGCCUCUCAACACAUUCCGACAGCUUUCUUUCAAAGAUGCCUCCUCGGACACUAGCAAAUCUGGUCCGGCGAGCAAGGCCACCUGUUCUUCGCUCGACACCGAUUGUGGAUCUGUUACAGGAGCUGCUGGUAAUAGUGAGGGGUCAAAUAGAGAGAAGCUUACGUCCUCACAUUCGCAUCUGGAUGGUGUCGAACCUGCGUCCGAACCGCUGCAGAUCGACCUCGAUCGGACAUAUUCUGAAAUUAAUAAUUGCUCCGCAGCAGAUGUUGGUUUACUUGGUGGUGGUGAAGUUAUUGAGCUAAGAUCCGACGAUAGCGAUGGUGGUUCUUGUAAUUCUGAACUUAACUCGGCAGUUGUUGAAUCUUUCGGGGUUAUUGGUGAGGGUGAGCAUAAUACAACUGGUGCCUCUUGUUCUGAGUUUGAGGAUCGAGUCUCUGGCUCAGUCUUCUCUGUAGAGGCGGAAAGAUGUGAACCCUCCGGCUUCUCAGCCGGGGCUGGCGAGUCUUUGGAAUCCAUGGCCAGAGAUGUCCACACGAGUGAGCCUCUUCCUCCUCCUUUGUCCGGGAACACUUCAGCAGAGGAGCCUCUAUCCGUGUCUUCUUGUGGAUUGACAGAUCCUCAUGUGCCUGGUGAGUUUCUGUCAACCGCAGGGCCACCUAUCGAAUCAGCUGACCCUCCCCUAGACGUGGAAGAUGUAACGAAAACACUUGAGCAAAGACUGGCUCUGGAAAAAAUGGACGUAACUUCUCCAAGGGGUCAGUCUUCUUUCGAUGACGGUGUGGACAUCUACGAUCUCGCUGCUGCUGCAAAUUCUGGAUCAGGAGAAGCGGAAAGCCUUGAGAAAGAUUACAUUUUCCAUGAUUAUUCGAGAGGAGGAAGUCAGGUUGAAAAUGACGACUGCAUGGGUGCCGAAGUUUCGAAUCUCAGACCAUCUGGAUAUGAUUUUGAGGAAAAAAUGUCUCAGGAUUGUCAUGCAGAAGAGAAGUUCGUCGUAGAGAAUGAGGACCUUUCACGAGGAUCCGUGGAUCAACUGUGCAAACCCGCAGGAGAGCCGGAAGUGCAACGUGCUCCACCUAGAUAUGGCAGGAGCAAGGGACGACAGCUUUGGAGGAACGACUGCAGAGACAGUCGUGAGGUUGUGACCCUGAAGUCCACCAACUACAACAGGCAGGGUGGAGACUGGAUGGUCGAUAGCCUUCUGGAAGGAGCCGUCAAUCGGAUGAAGCCAUCGGGAGAGGGAAGGGUUCGGAUUCUGGUGGAGGCUUUCGAGAGCUUGAUGAACAUUUCGGAACCUGAGCCGGAGAAACGUCCCUCUCGAGUGUGGUGUUUCAACAGGAUGGGCAGAGGAGAAGUGGACGAUGAUGGAGAUGUCUUUGAAGAAGGGGAUCAGAGAGUCGACUGCUAUGAGGUCUCAGGGGAUAGGCUUGAACUGCGAGCCAGCAUGCGGCUCAGCCUCGGAGGAGGAACCAGGCAUGACGUCUGCAGUCUGGAUGGAGGUGAUAGCGAUGUACAGAUGAGCUCCAUGCAAAAGGUUCAGGAUUGGGAUGACUACCAAUCGUCCAACCCUUCGGAAGUGAACCUUAAGGACAUGGAUGAUGACCAGGAUCGAAACAGCGGCAGGUCUUCGACAGCACAUGAAGAAACAACGGCCAAUCCCAAUGAGUUUGCCGAACGUCCUUCAGAGGGACAAGCCAAGAUGAACGACAAUGUCAGACGACGCGUGAAGAUGUACAACGAAGUCAAGAAGCAGUUGGGUUACAACAAAGAGGAUAAUGUGAAGAUGAAAAUCCAGAGAUACAAUCGGCCACGAGGCUCCUCCAAAUCAAGCUCCGUAAAGUCGGAGACUGAAAGCAACCUUGGAAGUGCUGAGAAAAUGGCCCGAGCAAGGAACACCAACUUGGAGCCUUUCCGCCUUCUCACUGAGGAACGAGGUGCAAUGAAGACGUAUCAGUUUGCCAAGAAGCUUGAACAAAUUUUUGCUGAGGAGGAACGACUUCGUAACCCCAUUGCUCAGGGUCUGCCUUGGACUACAGAUGAACCAGAAGUUGUUCCAAAGCCACCAGUGAAGCAACCGACGAAGCACGUUGACUUUACUCAUCACAGCGACUCUAGGGCCGUUAGUCGGGCGGAGUUCGACUACUAUGUUGCUGAAAGGCAGAUGUACAUGGAUAUGCAGAGGGAAGAGGAGGAGAGACAACGACAGAUGGCUGAGCAAGAGGAGAUCAAAAGACUACGAAGAGAGAUGGUGCCCCGAGCUCAGUUGAUGCCUUUCUUUGACCAACCCUUCAUGCCUAGCAGAUCUUCCAAGCGCCUUACGGUCCCCAAGGAGCCGAAGUUCAAAAAUAGACAGAACAAACGAGCUAAGUGCAUGGUUUGGCAGCAAGGAUCAACGUAGCUCCCAACCAGAAGAGUCUAGUCUGAAGACUCAAAGGUUCAUCGUCCCCAAGAGAGGCAUCUCCGUGAAGAAACUUCUAUGACAGUGUCAGUCCUCUUGGGAUGGUAUUUCACUAAAGAAGAGAUCGCAUGCUGAAACUCUUUUCGGACAAUCGAUUGAGCGCUCCAAGUCUCGAUCAAGCUGAGUAUGUUCCGUCGUUGAAAGACGACAUUGAAAUGCUCCCGUCGAGAAGAGAAAGGCUCGCUUCUUUCUGUCCGUCCAGUUAAAGCUGAUGAUACCUCCUGGUGCGGAUCAGGAGGAGGUAGUAGACUUGUACGAAUCUGCUCGGAGCUCGCCAAAGCGUGGACGAGCUCUUUCUCAGAAAUUUGGUUGAAAUGACAAAAUCUAGCAGCUGCUUCAUUUGGAGGAAGCUUUGGAUAGAGAGAAGCCGGAGUAUGUAUGACCACAUAGAGGCAAAGCAAAGUUCCGUCUGCUUGCUUGUUAGUGACCAACAUGCUUGACCGGGCAAGACACGUGACGAGAAUACGGACAUGAUUGUCCUUGUUGGAUGAAAGUGAAGAAAACCUGACCCAAGUACUGUACUGUAGUACACUUGACAUUCACAGAUCGCUACUGGUAUACUUUCCUAGAUGAACUCAAUCAGGCCUGCCAGUCUCGUGUAAUAUUAUGUUCAAAAGCAUUACUUAUAUAAAAAUUGAUUUAGAUGAGGAAGUGCGAAUUUUAGCUCG